AUGAAUAAUGACUUAGAAAGAUUCAUCACAUUCACAGAAAGAAAAGAAUUUGAUCAAUAUCAAAAGCUUAUAAGCAAGUUGUAUCCAUAUUUUGAAAAAGGUUAUUCAUUGCUUGAAUUAUGUUGGUAUCAUGGAGUAGUUGAUUGUUUCAAAUUAUUCAGAACCAAAUUCAGCUCAGAAAUCACUCUAACAUGUCUUGAAUUAUCAUUUUUAGGAAAAAAUCCUGAGAUAAUGAGUGAAAGUGUGAAAUAUCAUUGA